AUGAGUAAACAAGCUGGAGAUAGGGAAAAUCUUGGUUUUACUCUUAAAGAUAUUAGUAAUCAUUUACAAUUUAAACGGAUGAGGGAAAUGAAAGAGGGAGAAGCAUUUACCCUUAUUCAUUAUUUUGAGAUGAGAAAGUCUGAAAAUGCUUCAUUUUUCUAUGAGAUACAGUUGGAUGUUGAUGAUCAAAUAACUAAUAUAUUUUGGGCAGAUCCUAAAAUGGUUGUGGAUUAUGAUUUAUUUGGUGAUGUAUUUUGUUUUGAUACUACGUAUCGAACCAAUAAAAAUCGUCGUCCAUUGGCACCUAUAAUUGGAGUGAAUCAUCAUAGACAAACUGUGGUCUUUGGUGUUGCAUUGUUGUAUGAUGAAACAGCUGAAACUUUUUCAUGGUUAUUUCGAACCCUCUUAAAAGUGAUGUAUGGAAAGAAGUCGAUUACAAUUUUUACUGAUCAAGAUCCAGCAAUGGCUAAAGCAAUUGCAGAAGAGUUACCAGAAUCUCAUCAUCGUUUAUGCCGAUGGCAUAUAUAUCAAAAUGCUCUCAAAAAACUCAACAGGUAUUUUCAGAGUUCAAAUUCAUUUGCUGCAGAAUUUAAAAGUUGUAUGUGUAAUCAUGAGUAUGAGGAUGAUUUUUUUCAAGCAUGGGAAUCAAUGUUAGAUAAACAUGGUCUUCAAGAAAAUAGCUGGCUGAAAUUCAUUUUUGAAGUUAGAGAAAAAUGGGCGAUGGUAUAUGGUAGAAAUCAUUUUUGCACAAAUAUGACGACCACACAAUUGAGUGAAAGCUUCAAUAGUCGCUUGAGACAUUAUCUAAAGUCAACUAAUAAUGUGCUGGAAUUUUUUAGUCAUUUUGAAAGGUUACUUGAAGACUUACGCCACAAUGAGUUGGAUUCCAAUUAUGACAUGAGCCAACGUUUGCCAGUUUUGAGAGUGGAAGUGCUUUUGUUGAAGAACUCAAGGGAUGUUUACACACCCAAAAUCUUUAAUUUCUUUCAAGAAGAGUAUAAGAAGUCUUUGGACAUGGUUGUUAAUACAUGCUAUGAUAUUUCACCAUUGUUUGAGUACAAGGUUUGCAUGUAUGGGUGUACUCGAGAACAUAAGGUUAUCUUCAAUUCUACAGACCAAACAGUUGUUUGCAGCUGUAACAAAUUUGAGUUUGCUGGGUUUUUAUGUAGUCAUGCAUUAAAGGUGCUAGAUAUUCAAAAUAUAAAACUACUUCCUUCUCGAUACAUUUUGAAGCGGUGGACUAAGCAAGCGAGAGUUGGAUGUGUACUAGAUAGCUAUGGUUGCAUUGUGAAAGAAGAUCCUAAGUUGGAUAUAACAAAUCGGUACAAAGAUUUGUGUCGUAAUGCAGUUAACAUUGCAAGUAAGGUUGCUAAAACUGAAGAAGCAUCUGUGUUUUUAGCUAAGAAGAUGAUGUUGCAUCUGUCAUAUUAG